CACAAUCCAUCCUGGAACUAGUUCCAAGGGACCAGAUGCUGUCCUACUUCUGUGAUGGUCCCAUCUGUCUCCUCCUGACAGGGAAAGCGAUGGAGGCUUCAGGAUCUUCUUCCCAGUCUCAAGACAGCAGUGGAGUCCACAGGGAAACAGAAGAUCUACACCACAGAGAGAAAGAGUUCCACAAGCAACAUGGGAAGGCCCGGGAGCGAUAUGAAAGAGACAAGUCUUCCUCCUCAUCCUCAUCCUCCUCUUCCUCCUCUUCCUCCUCCUCAGACAGCAGCGAUGAGGACCAGCACUCCAGAGGUCCCAGGAAACACAGAAGGAAGCCCCACAGGGACAGCUCUCCUGGUGCCAACCAUGGGGAACUGGAGGUGCUGAAGGACGAGCUUCAGCUCUAUGAAGGCGCUGCUGGGGAAAUGGUGCUUGCUGGGGAGUCAGGACUCCGAAGGAGAGGUUCCGGCUCAGCGGGGGGAGAAGUGGAGGCCUCUCAGUUAAGAAGACUGAACAUAAAGAAAGACGAUGAGUUUUUCCAUUUCGUCCUUCUCUGCUUUGCCAUUGGAGCCUUGCUGGUGUGUUACCACUACUAUUCAGACUGGUUCAUGUCCCUUGGGGUUGGCCUGCUCACCUUUGCCUCUCUGGAGACUAUUGGCAUCUACUUCGGGCUGGUGUACCGGAUCCACAGCGUACUUCAGGGCUUCAUCCCCCUCCUUCAGAAGUUCAGGCUGCCAGGGUUCAGGAGAACCAACUGAAAUCACUGCCUGGCGGCAGCUGAGCCAAUCCCCAAUGUGACCACUGUAACCACUGCCAUGCCUGAGCCCAGAAGACAGAACGAUAUUCUGGAAGUCACCAGGAGGCCACACAAUAAAGAGCUCUUUCCUUCCA